UCCGCUACUGGGAGUAGAGUUUUGGAACGCAGCCCUUGCGUCAUUUUCCGCGUAUAUUUUAAAUUUGUGAACUGUCGCGUCCUAACUUUAAAGUCGCCUCAACUUCAUGUGUGCUUCCUAUUAAUUACCAGUGAAUUUGACGUCAGAAGAAAUUUUCCAUGUGAUUGUCCGUGUGUAAUUCUAAUUUCCUGUACCAAAAGUUUAUCAAGACAAUCAAACAAGCAAUUAUAAAGGCCUCCGGAAAACAACAUAACAACUCAAAACCUGAAAUUCAUCAUCCUGUAGCUAGGGAGAACAAGAAGAAACAAUGUCAACAGGUUUCGUGGGACAAGGAUUGUGAUGAGAUAUUCAAAUUGAGAAAGAAGAAACUUAACAGGUGGACUCAUUCUGGAAGUCAGAAUAUGUCAUGCGGCAAUGCACCUAACCUUUUCGGACACUCCUUCGAGCCGGAUGAUCUCAAGAGUCAAGUGUCAAAAUUACAAGUGUUACUAGAGAAUGAAAAUUUUACUCUCGACACUGAAUGCUUAUUACAAACGCUGGAACAAUGUUUUCUCAUUUGUGCGGCCGAAUCGCUCGACGAGCAAAUUUUUAGAAGAAUUCUACCGAAAGCUCAUCGUUCGUUGUCGCAGGUCAUAAAAGCCAUCAAUCAGAGAAUGAGCGAUAACGAGAAAGUCGACAAUCUAGACGACGUGAAGCGCAAAUUACAUUUCUGCGACGGAUUACUUUUAUUUUGGCGGAAAUGUAUAGAACAUGUUUCCGCACUCAUAAAAAUUCGGGCUCUUUAUGUUACAUCAUUAUGCAGUAUUUUGCCCGAAACGAUAAAGAUCAUCUUCGAACAUUGCAAAGUCAGCCCGAAGACAUAUGGAACGUUAUUAAGCGGGACAAUGCAGGAACUGAAGAAUUUGUUUUCGCGAGCAGGCGCGAUCUUCAAACUAUUCUUUGCUACUUUAGACGGCGUAAUCGUCUUCGACACGGAUGUGGAAUCGGAAACGAAGCUGUUAACGAAAGUGGUGGACGCGUAUGGUAGCAUUGCUUGUAUCGCGAACGGGAUGGAUACGAAAACGUACAUUGAGAUAUCAGAAGCAUUCACCAAGUUGACUGUUGAUUAUCAAAGCGAUAUAAAGUGUGCAUCUCCGAACAGCGUGCUGACGCAUCUUGUUCAAAUGGCGAAAGACGCAUCUUAUUUUUUGUCCACAAUCAAGGACCAGAGUGAUAAAAACAUAGAAAGAACUACAGUAGCUACUAUGCGUUUGCUGAAAGUAGUCGAAAAAUUAACGGCGAUUUAUGGCACGUUUCUCACAUAUGAGAUGAUACUGUGUUUAAUCGCACUAUCGACGGAAAUGCAUGGGCAUUCAUAUUUAAAUCUAACAAAAGACGGCAGAAAAAUAAUAUCAGUCAAUGCUACAUCCUUUUUAGAUAUUAUUUUUGACCAUGAUGAUUUUAAGCAGGCAUAUUUCGAAUACGGGAGAAAAACCGAUGUGAGUCAAUUGAACUAUCAUCUAUUGACAAUCGCCGUCAUAAAGAAGCUGAACAGCAUGCCUUAUGAACAACACUGCAAAUGGUUUUUAGGUGUGGAUUCAAUUUUAGAUGUCGCGUUCAUACAUAUAGAACAUCUCCAAAGAGAAAUCGUUGCUAGAGAAUUGCGACUACCAGGUAACCAUGAAAUUGGAGAGCGUCCAAGAUUGGCUGGCAUUUACGAGGCGACUUUAGUGCCCAUCUGCGAUCUGAUCAGUCAAAUCCCUUCGGAAGCCUUUCACGCAUUGGAGCUAUUAUUGCUGAAGCAUCUAUUAUCUGGACGCUUUUGGAGCUCCCUAUUGAGUUCGGACGUUUGGUGCUUUAUUGGCAGACUCAGCACUUCGCAACUAUGCGCUGAUCAUGUGAAAUAUUUGAUACGGAUCUCUGUCGCAUUGGCGGAAAGACGCAAUACGAUAGAAACGAUCAUGCUGGACAAUAUGAUCGGUAGGCUUUACAGGCUGCUAACAGAAGAUACGAAAUCCACUUUGUUUGACGAUUUUCCUGAUCUAUAUGCAAAUUGUAAUACUCCUACUUUGUACUGGCUAAUAGCAACAAUGAAGGAAUCCGGACGAAAACAUUCAAUAUAUAAACUUGACGAUCUGCCAAGAGCUUUCUUGAAUUUGCGAGAACAUCCUACUACGCGCAACUGGAAACGCUUUAUGCAGCAUAUAUUUACGAUGCAAGCAGUGGAUUAUAGCGAUAAUAAAGAUAUUAGCGAUGCCUUAAUUAAAAUAUGGAGUUUUGUGGCAGACACAAUUACUGAAUGUGAAGACAAACAGCUCGACGUAUUAUCUGAUUUUAUGAUUAUUUUAUUUGACAGCACUCGUCUUGAUAAUUUUCGGGAUGACGUCCUUGAUUCGAUUCUGAUGUCCAUCGCAGUUUCGUAUACUUGCAUGCUACCUCGAGUAAAGAUCAAACUCUGCCAGUAUUUACGACAGAACGUCGAGAAUCUUGAUCGUUGCGGAAGUCAAAGUGUAUCCACUUUAAUCAAAUUGUUCAGCCAUUUACUAGAAGAUGAAAGUCCUUGGGUAUGCCAAGAAGCCCUGGAGUCUUUUGAACGCAUAGGACAUGCGUGCUCGGAACAGCUUGUUGCCAGAAUAGCAAAAGGUUUGGCCAAGAUAUCUACUAUCAACAAUGUCAUGCAGGCGUAUUUAUCCUGUACACCACAUUACGUGCUCGACGGUUUUUCGAACGCGUAUGACUAUCUCGAGAAUGUAUAUAAAGCAGCUCAAGGCCACUUCCAGCACACGUGCUACGAACAAAAAGAAUCAGAAAGAGAAGAGAAAAUGCCGAGGCUAGAGGAGAAAAACUCGCAAGAUAUCACGCCAGUGUUAAUACAACUGGACGAACAAGCGGAGAAGAUGUAUAAAGGAUUAACAGAGGUUUUCGAAAGACGAGCUAAUAUCAGUGAAACAAUAUGUAGAAAACUAAUAACUGUCUUAGAGAAGAUUCUAAACGCCAAUAAAUGAAAUUUCAUGGAAACUGUUUUAACUUCGUCGAAGUGAUAAACAUAGGAAUUACAUAGAAAUUUAGUAGCGAUAAAGAUAUUUUAUCAGAAAGAAAUGAUAAUUGAAAAAAGAAGAGGAAAUAGAAUAUAAAUAAAAAUAUUUGCAAAGAAACAAGAAGAAAGAUAAUUGAUAAGUAAAUAGAAAAAAGGAAUAAAAAGAAAUUGAUGAUUUUUAAGAUUCUCUUAGUUAUCUUACAUUUGUGUGUAAAGUAUAUACAGGGUGUUCGGAAAGUACCGGGACGCCCGAAUAUCAGGAAAAAUAUAAGUUUUACAAAAAAAUGUUUCAGACAAAAGUUGUGGCGUUUAAA